GUCCCAAAACAUACUUGUCAUCAUUUAACAUAAGAAAAUGCCUAUUUCCGACCUCAAGAGAAGCUAAUUUUGAUUCACCCGUCAAUAAACCAAAAUAGUAAAACACACAGAACAUAGAAAAAUCAAUGACAUACCAUGGCCAAGAAUACAAAGGUUCCGGGCUACAUGCUGCGGACAACACAGCGUCAGAAGGGCAUUGGAGAUCGUGCUAUCUGGUUUAAGUGUUCACUGCAGAAUACAAUUCUUGAUGUUCUGAGGCACAGAGGAUGGCAAGAAGUCUCUGGAGAAGAAGGUGGUGACCAAACGUGGGACUUCUUCUGGUGCGAUCGAGAAUGGCUGAGAGAAAACUAUGACCGAUCAUAUUUUCAAGAACACAUGAAAAUUUGUCACUUCCGGAAUCACUAUGAGUUGACAAGGAAAAACCUGAUGGUCAAGAACCUAAAACGAACGAAAAGAGCCACAGAAAAAGAACAGGGAAAACUUGAGGCACAAAAAUAUGACUUUUUCCCCACAACUUUCGAAUUGCCGUCUGAAUAUCAUAUAUUUGUUGAGGAAUUCAAGAAGAACCCGGGCACAGUGUGGAUUAUGAAACCAGUGGCAAAGUCUCAAGGCAAGGGAAUCUUCCUCUUCAAGAAGUUAAAGGAUAUAACAGAUUGGAAAAAGGGUGAAUAUCAGAUUCCAUCCGAUCCCAACCGAGAUGCACCAGAGACGUAUGUUGUGCAACGGUACAUCAUGAAUCCUUAUCUCAUCGGGGGACGCAAGUUUGACAUGAGAAUUUAUCUUCUGGUCACUUCAUAUAUUCCCCUGAAAGCCUGGCUCUAUCGUGGUGGAUUUGCACGAUUUUCAAACACCCGAUACUCUUUGGAAUCCAUUGAUGAUAACUAUGUCCAUCUUACAAACGUAGCCAUUCAGAAGACCGCUCCUGAUUAUGACCCAGAGAAAGGCUGCAAGUGGUCAUUGCCACAGCUCCGACAAUAUCUUAUUGCCAAACAUGGUUUAGAAAGUGUUGAGCGAAGCUUUCGUGACAUUGACAACAUCCUGAUCAAAAGCCUGCAGAGCGUCCAGAAAGUGAUGAUCAAUGACAAGCACUGUUUCGAGAUGUACGGCUACGAUAUAUUAUUCGAUUCAGAUUUGAAGCCUUGGUUGGUUGAAAUCAAUGCCUCUCCAUCCCUUACUGCCAGCAAUAAGGAUGACUAUGACCUGAAAUUCGGCUUAAUGGAAGACGUGCUGAAUAUUAUUGACAUGGAGGGAAGGUUAUCUGGCAAAGAGAAGCGCGUCGGUGGAUUUGACCUGAUCUGGGAGGAUGGACCCAUCAUGGCCACUGACCUGACAUCGGAGUGUCUCGGACCUCAGCCCUAUCCAACCAAUUCAUAUCUAGGUUGUCAGAAUGACAGGAGAAGUCAAACAAGGGCGCUGUUUCGAAGCAUCAGUGCGAGCAAGAAAAGAUGAUGAACGGCAGGAACUGGUGCUUGUUCUGUUAGAACUUUUAAACUGAAUAUUGUGUGUUUUUAAGUAGGAACUUGGACUGCCUUUGGACGUUCUUAAUGCACAGCUCUGGUUUCUUUGUUUUUUGUGCAAAUAUCUGGAUUUAGUUCAGAAUGGAAAAUUGUGGAGUAAAAUGGCAUCAUUUCAGCUGAAUUCAUCGGCGAACACUGGAAACUGCGUGGUCUACACAGGCGUUGGAUUAAUUUCGACGUAAGUUAUGGGCUUGGCAAUUAUAACUGACCAUGAAGCCUGUGGAAUGUACCGUUUCUCGCUGUAUAGAACUAGACAUUUAUGGUGUUCAAGGAUGGAUUUAAAGAAGUGUCAUUGUUAUAGUUGACAGUGCAGAGGGAGAUUUUGAUCAAUUCCGUCCAUAUUUGCUAUGUUUAUGAGAACCUACUUUCAACGUAAACAACAAAGAUAAGUAUAAAGUAUAAGAUAUAUACAUUCGAGUUAGACCAGUUCAAGGCAAGCUUGAAGAUUUCUUGAAAUGUAACAUGAAUGCUUAAUCUUAGUUUCAAGUAUUUGUGGUUCAUUAUCCAUGUUGUGAAUAAAGAGUUUUCA